AUGGGUGCCCUCAGGAAAGUCAAGAACAAGCGCCGCACAAGAGACUAUGACCAAGUCAUCGCGGAUCUGAAGACUCCCCGUCACUUGCAGAAGUACAAGGACUCAAAGGAUGUAGAGGAUCUCCCCGGUUUGGGCAAGCACUACUGCGUGGAAUGCUCAAAAUGGUUUGAGAGCGAAUACAAUCUCAAGGCACACGCCAAGGGCAAGAACCACAAGCGCAGACUUCGUAUCCUGCGCGAUGAGCCUCACAGCCAACAGCUCGCCGAGCGUGCGAUCGGACUCGGUUUCGUCGACAACGGCAAGCGCGAAGAAAAACCUGACGUGAUGGAGGACUAA